AUGGGUCAAUUGCCGUUAUCACGAAUCAGUCGAGGCCGACCCUUUGCCGUCUGUGAUGGGGAUUACGCUGGUCUCAUCACGCUAAAGACUUGGAAGGGCAGAGGCGCCAAAACAUCUGAGGGUUGGAUGUGCAUUUUUGUGUGCUUUGUUACAUCUGCACUUCAUUUAAGGAUUGCAACAGAUUAUUCAGCAGACUCAUUCAUUGCAGCGUUCAGACGGUUCACUGGACGUCGAGGUGUCUGCAGAACUCUCCACAGUGAUUGCGGCACCACAUUUCAAGGCGCAGACACUCUCAUCAGACAACUCUUCAAGCAGGGGACUCAACAGGCCAGUCAACUCGCAGCUGUAUUUACAAAGGAUGGAAUUGAGUGGAGGUUUAAUCCACCAGCUGCACCACAUAUGGGAGGAAAAUGGGAAGCUGCAGUCCAAUCUGUAAAGUUUAAUCUUAACAGAACCGUAGGCGACUCACUCUUUACAUAUGAAGAGCCUUCCCCACCGCUUGUCCAGAUAGAAGAAGUCCUCAAUUCCAAACCACUCGAACCUCUCUCAGCCGACUCUACAGACAUCUCAGCGUUGACUCCAGCACACUUCUUGGUUGGUGAACCGCUCGUAACGUUACCAUAG